AUGUUCGCUUGCUACUCCAUCGAGGAGAAAACGAACACGUUGCUCAAUUUCCCAGAGCAAAUACAUUUCCUUGCGUCACCGCUUGCGUUGCGUUCGAUUUGCAUGAAUUUCCCAACGAAAGGUUUAGGUUUACUGUUUGUUGAAAUCGAAACAGCUUUGGACGAUCCUGUUGUCUGUGAUCUCGCUACUGAACGAGCCGAAUACGUACAGCCCUGCCAACGUGGAUGCCUCUGUGAUGUAUAGACGCUGGCGUGACUCCAAGGGUAAAGACAAAGAGUAUGAAAAUAUCAUAAGAAAACAAGCACAGGCAGCAAAGAUGGAAGCUGAAAAGGAGGGGAUCGUCGUUCCGGUAACGUUGGAGGAUUAUUGCAUCAAGACUCAUGCGAGGCCAGCCGAGCAACAGCUAGACAUGACGGAUUUCUAUGAUGACGAGUACGAGCUGGACGACGACGACGACGACGACGACGACGAGCAAAUGAGCGCCAGCGACUACGAAGACGGUGACGACAGUGGUAACGGAGAGUCGUGA